CCCGCCCCUCCCCCACCUCAGCAGGCGGUAGCUGCCGUUUACUCCACAAACAUAAGCCCAACAGCCACAACAGCGUACAGCAGUUGUCAACAUCCACUCCAAACUAUCAUUUCCGGACCACAUCUUUACACUAGUCUAUCAUGUUCGCAUCUAGGCGGCUAAGCAAGGAGCUUACAAAGAUGCAGGGUCAGCUUCCGCUUGGAAUAACUCUAGUCUCAGCGGACAAUUUCGAGACUUGGUUCGUCGACAUUCAGGUUAUCGAUCCAAAUCCCCUCUACGCAAAUGAGACGUACAGGCUCAAGUUCAUGUUCAGCCAGAACUACCCAAUCGAGCCGCCCGAAGUAGUCUUCGUCAAGGACGACGCGCACCCAAUACCGUGGCACCCGCACAUCUACACCAACGGCAUCAUCUGCCUCGACCUUCUCGACCGAUCCGGCUGGAGCCCUGUGCACAACGUGGAGAGCGUCUGCGUCAGUCUGCAGAGCAUGCUCACGAGCAACACGAAGAAGGAGCGGCCUCCAGGAGACGAUAACUUUGUCAGGUACAACAGGCAGAGGCCGAGGGAUCUCAACUUUGUCUUUCACGACAAUCAGGUCUGAAUCAGGUCUGAAGGUCUCCAUGACGGGGAAAAGCAAAUCAUAUGCAAGGCGUACGGUACAUUGGUUUGGUGAACGGCGUUCCUCAUUCAAGGUCUGAGGAUCAUUGCCUCGAAUCAAACGACCAUGGGGUUAUUUGGCAACAGGAGCUCGAACACCCAAGACUAUACCCAUCAAUGAACAAUUCAUCUUUACGAAUCUUGAAC